CGAUCUCCUAGUGUAACAAACACCUCUACAUACUUAUAACCAUGAAAUUCUCUGUUGCUAUCACUCUCCUCGCCAUGGCAUCCCCCGCCGCAGGUUUCGACGGAAUCCGAGCUAGCUCCAAAAGCGGACAAUCGCUGAUGGGAAAGGCUCGUAAGCUCGAGAACGGCAACAACAACUACUAGUAAGUGUAACGGACCGCGAGGCACAGACAAACAUUAUUUUUCAUACACAAUAGAACCUAGUCUAAUGAUUGAGUGCCAUGUUAUUUUUUGAAAAUCUAUCAGCUCGUGGAUCGGUGAUGCCGCUCUGAAAUUCGAUGGUUGCGCUGCCAUCCCCAUGUUCGAGAGAGAAGAGGGCCUCACCAGUAACCUCGUCGCAAAGUUCAAGCUUUGCCCAAAGAACAGCUGUUCGUCGUGCCACAAUGCCGGAGAAUACGUUGUUGAAAUGAGAGAGUUCGUUGAAACUUACCAGAAUGCCUUGAAGGAAUCUCAAGAGUACGAGUGCGAGACCGCCAAGGAAACUUGUGAAUACAAGUGCCAAAACGGUCAGUACAACUACCAAAACUACAAUGCCGAUGGCAAUGGCAACAACUACAACGGUAACUACAACAACCAAAACAACAACAAUAACAACAACAAUAACAACAACAACAACGAAGAUUACUGUUUGAACUCUUGCUUGUUGGAAGAUGGCUUGGACUACUGUAUCGAGGGAGAGGAAGAAGGACAAAUGGAUAUCCAGGAAUUCGCCGAAUGCAGAGCCUUGGAAGUUGAAGGACAAAACAACAACAACAACCAAAACUACUACGCCAACGGCAACUCAUAUGUUCAGUACUACACUGGAGCCUACUGCACCUCGUCUGGUGUUUACGCCGGAAUCUUCACGGACCCGGCCUGCACCAAGCACGCUCCUAAGGGAACGUACGAGAAAAUCAACUAUGGAUACAGUCUUCCUACCACGCCUUUGGUUUCCUCUACUUGCUUGUCCUGCAAAGCAAACCAAUAUGACAACGACAACAACAAUAACAACAACAACAACAACAACAACAACAAUAACUAUAACUACGACAACAACAACAACGGGAUCAAUGAAGUUUGCGAAGACCUUUACGAAGAAGCACUCAAGUGUGAAUCGAACGUCAAGACCACUUACAAGGACACGAGCGGAUGCGAAAUGAUCCACACCAUCCUCCCUCAACUCAACAAGGCAAUGAAGUCCMUCCGUGGCCCCAGCAUGUCUGUCGUUGCCGCUUGGUUCUUUGGUGUUGGUUUCUUUGCCCUUGCUGGAUAUUUAUUCAUGUUGCACAAGAAGGCCGAGGAGCAAAAGAAGGCUUUGGAUGCCAAGUCCGGAUAUGUUGGAGGAAAUCUUUCUUAAACGAACCCCGACAAUGUGGUUGGGUUUUAACUUCUCGGGAAGAGAAGGAAUAUUGCUAUCUUGAUCUUUAAUCGAUGAUGUGUACAAACAAUACAGAACGAUAAUAUAUGUUAAAAAUAUGU